GUACCUGCACCACAUCUGUUGGCUGUGUUAUUAGCUGUGUUGGCUCUGCUGGUUCCCUCUCCACGACCUGAACACCACACCGUCAAACCCCACAUCAUCAACACAUCGCAAGUCGCCAGCAUCACGCCAGUAGAUUUUUGAUGCGAUAUUUUGCAGCCGCGCGCCCUUUUGCAACCAUAGCAGCCAAGAUGUCGCUCCUCGCAGCCGACGAGAUCCCGAGCCUCUCCCUGCUCUACAAGCUGGGCAAGCUCCCGUCCACGCCAUCAAGCAUCCAGAUCCCCACCACCCUCUCCUUCAAGCCCGCCGGCUCCAUCACCCCUUCCAAGGCGCUCAACGACCGCGUCUGCCUCGUGCGCCACGACAUCACGAAGCUCGAGGUCGAUGCCGUCACCAACGCCGCCAACAAGAGGCUCCUCGGCGGCGGCGGCAUCGACGGUGCCAUCCACGCCGCCGCUGGACCAGGCCUCCUGGCCGAGUGCCGCACUCUUGGGGGCUGCGACACCGGCGAUGCCAAGAUCACCGCUGGACACAACCUGCCCGCCAAAAAGAUCAUCCACGCCGUCGGCCCCAUCUACAACGCCUUCCAGCCCGACGAGAGCGAGGGGUUGUUGACGUCGGCCUACAACAGCGUGCUGAACCUGGCCGUCGACAACGACUGUAAGACACUGGCCCUGUGUGGUAUCAGCACGGGCGUCUAUGGCUACCCUCCUCAUGAGGCUGCCCCUGUCGCCAUCUCCACCGUCAAGAAGUUCCUGGAGAGCGAGAAAGGGCAGAAGCUGGACAAGGUCGUCUUUGUCACUUGGGUGAGGCAGGACGUUGAGUCUUAUGCUGAAUUCCUUCCGGUCUACUUCCCUCCGGUUGAGGACGCUGCGAAGACCGAGCCAAAAGCGGAGGCCGAGGCCAACCCCGACGAAGAUGUCGAGGCGGCCAAGGAAAUCGCGAGCAAGCUACCCGACGUUCCCACGUCCGAGCCCGGCGAGUCCGAGCAUCCCGAGAAGAAGCAGAAGCAGUGAUUUGGGCCAGUUUGGAUGCAUCAGAUGGAGUUUAUGGCAAGCAAUCGGGCACGGCUGAGGCGUUACGGAAUGGAACAUUUGGUCAGACACGUGAUUUGCGAAGUAAUGCAUUGCAUAACGGCAGCUAUCUUGAAAUACCCCUCGAUCUCUUUUCACGGCCAGCGGAGUAGCUUCUGAUACGCCUCGGCUGGUAUAUGACAGAGGAGACAGUAAUGGAAUUAGUGAGAGCUUGCGGACCUCACCCGCGUGCUAAUAUACAUCUUGCAGACGCCGAGGGAAUGUAUCCUUCGACAAUUGUCCUUCCGCUUACCCGAUCUGAAGCCCUCUCAUCUCUUCUCAAGAAGCCAUACCGAUGAUCAAAACGUUCCGUUUGGAAUCAUACUGUGUCUAUGGCGGUAGAAACCCUCAUUGGCGUGGAAACCG